CCCAACAAGACCACUUCUACCACCUGGGUUUUUCCGGAGGAAACCAGGUUCCUUUGUAUUUUCCUCCCAUAUUUAGGCAGUAUUUUUUUCCCCGGGCAUAUGGGAGGUAGGCCUGAAUAAAUCGUUAGUUUGGUGGCUCUGGACAACAUUUACAACACUACCACCUUCACCUGGGUUCAUCAUCUAUAAAAUGAAGUUCCGGGCCAAGAUGAUUGACAUCACCUGUAUUAAAGAGUUUUCUAAUAUUGUGAGCACAAUAGCAAAGUUAGCUAAACAUUGUGUCCUUCGUAUUUCCCAAGAACGCUUGUUCUUCAUCAUCCAUGAAGCUGGAGCUGUAGGGAGCUCACCUGGCCUCUGGACAGAACUUGAUCAAGGUCACUUCUUUAAUGAGUUUAACAUGGAAGGAGUUUCAGAGGAAAAUAAUGAGAUAUAUCUUGACCUACAGCCAGAUUUAUUCUCAAAAACCUUGAAUUCCCUCAAAACAACUCAAGCAGCAGUUCGAAGUUUAAAGGUGAAGCUCUCCAAGAAGCACACCCCGUGCUUGACCUUAGAGGUGGAAUUGGUAAGCUUAGUGGAUCAAGUACAAUGCAGUAGUGGUAUUAAUGUAAUUAUGUAGAAUUUCUGGAGAUUAUAUUUACAAAAAAAGGUAAAAAAUGACAAAGUGAAAUAUAAAGAAUGACAAAUUUGAUUCGCACCUAAAUUAAUGUGAGGUCCAUUUUUAUGACAUGGCCACGUAGACUGGUGUUCACAUAUUUCAUGAAAUUGAGGGAGGUAAGACAGAUGUUUUAUCCUUUUCCUCCACAUUAGAAGUCAUGUCUGAGGGCACUGUGUGGUGUGAAUGUAAUGCAGAGAAUUCGUAGUUUGGAAAUUAGGAGGAGGUGCAGGAUUACCAGGACUAUUAUCCAGAGGGCUGAGGAUGGAUUGUUGAGGUGGUUUGGACAUGUAGAGAGGAUGGAACAAAGUAGAAUGACUUCGAGAGUAUAUAAAUUUGUAGUGGAGGGAAGGCGGGGUAGAGUUUGGCCUAGGAAAGGUUGAAGGGAAAGGGUAAAGGAGGUUUUGUGUGCAAGGGGCUUUGACUUCCAGCAAGCAUGCAUGAGCAUGUUAGAUAGGAGUGAACAGAGACAAACUGUUUUUAGGACUUGACAUGCUGUUAGAGUGUGAGCAAGGUAAUAUUUAUGAAAGGAUUCAGGGAGACUGGCAGGCCAGACUUGAGUCCUAGAGAUGGGAAGUACAGUGUCUGCACUCUGAAGGAAGGGCGUUAAUGUUGCAGUUUUAUAACUAGUGAAAGCUCACCUCUGGCAAGACAGUGAUGGAGUGAAUGAUGAAAGUUUUUCUUUUUCGGGCCACCCUGCCUUGGUGGUAGAAUGCCAAUGUGUUAAUAAAAUAAAAAAUAGAAUCAUUAUCAUAGUUAUCUCUCUGUAUGUAUAUGAUUAUUAUUCUUGUGUAAAUGCUUUAGUUUCACCCUGCAUCCUACUUUUCUGGCUACCACUUAUUACUGUACAAGGCACAUGGAGAAAUUGUUAUUACACUAACAUCAGUGAAUUGUGAAAGCUGAUUUCAGUCUUUAUUCCUAUCAUCUUUACCCCAUUCUACCAGUCAUUUCUCUUCCCUCUUGCACCUACAAUGAUACUUAGUAAUUGUGUUGUGUGUUUAUGCAUGAUAGUUCAGUUGAAUAUCAUAUAGCACAUGUACAGGGAUCACAUUUUCAAUUACAAUUGAAAUAUUGUACCUACGUCUUAAUUGCACAGGAAAAUGACCAGUCUGUUAUGCUGUAUAGUUUGUAUUGGAGAAAUUUCCUUGACUAGUAGUAAAUUGAUCUCUUUAUAUUGAAGACCUGUUUAACCUAUUUUCUGUGUUUGGGCUGCUGAAGUGAUAAGGAUGGCUUUUCUGAGCUCUGAGUAACUUUACCUUCAGGUGAAAGUAGAGCUAGAAGAAGCUAGAAGUGAGAGAGAAUUUCUUAGAAAAGAGUACAAGAAACAUUCCUAGUACCAGUUUCCAGUUUCAUCCAUUGGAAACUGAAGAGCAAGAUAGGAUUAAAUCUGAAAAUGAAGAAGGUUCAAGAAAGUGCUGUACAUAUUACAAAAUCCUUUGCUGUGUUGCUGGAUGAAUAUAGUUUGACCAUUGAGAGUGACACAAUGAAGGCUUCUUGUAAAGAUAAGAGUGUUGUUUGUGAGAAUUUGUAGAUUAAAUUUAUAGACAGGGCUUUUUGUAUCAAGGAGAAGAGAAGGGAAAGGAUGUGUUUUCCUAGGGCCAGAAUGUAGUUAAAAGAUAAAGAAUCAAACACAAAGUGGGAGUUGUCACAGUUGCUCUUUGCUGAUGACACGGUGCUUUUAGGAGAUUCUGAAGAGAAGUUGCAGAGGUUGGUGGAUGAAUUUGGUAGGGUAUGUAAAAGAAGAAAGUUAAAAAUGAAUAUAGGAAAGAGUAAGGUUAUAAGGAUAAAAAGAUUAGGUGACAAAGUCUGGAUAUCAGAUUGGAGGGAGAGAGUAUGGAGGAGGUGAAUGUAUUCAGAUAUUUAGGAGUGGACGUGUCAGCAGAUGGGUCUAUGAAGGAUGAGGUGAAUCACAGAAUUGAUGAGGGAAAAGGGUGAGUGUUGCACUUAGGAGUCUGUGGAGACAAAGAACUUUGUCCGUGGAAGCAAAAAGGGGAAUGUAUGAGAGUAUAGUUGUACCAACACUCUUGUAUGGGUGUGAAGCAUGAGUGAUGAAUGUUGCAACGAGGAGAAGGCCGGAGGCAGUGGAGAUGCCAUGUCUGAGGGCAAUUUGUGGUGUGAAUAUAAUGCAGAGAAUUCGUAGUUUGGAAAUUAGGAGAAGGUGUGGGAUUACCAAAACUAUUAUCCAGAGGGCUGAGGAGGGGUUGUUGAGGUGGUUUGGACAUGUAGAGAGAAUGGAACAAAACAGAAUGACUUCGAGAGUGUAUAAAUCUGUAGUGUAGGGAAGGCGGAGUAGGGGUCGGCCUAGGAAGGGUUGGAGGGAGGGGGUAAAGGAGGUUUUGUGUGCGAGGAGCUUGGACUUCUAGCAAGCGUGCUUGAGCAUAUUUGAAUGGAGACAAAUGGUUUUUAAUACUUGAUGUGCUGUUGGAGUGUGAGCAAAGUAACAUUUAUGAAGGGAUUCAGGGAAACCGGCAGGCCAGACUUGAGUCCUGGAGAUGGGAAGUACAGUGUCUACACUCUGAACGAGGGGUGUUAAUGUUGCAGUUUUAUAACUGUAGUGUAAAGCACCCCUUUGGCAAGACAGUGAUGGAGUGAAUGAUGAAAGAUUUUUCUUUUUCGGGCCACUCUGCCUUGGUGGGAAUCGGCCGAUGUGUUAAUAAAAAAAUAAUGACUAGAAAACAUGACUGGUAAUGGGAAAAACCCCCAUUAUAUUUGCCUCAGCACUAGGGAAUAUUGGGAAGCAUAGGAGACAAGCACUGCUUAUCAUGUACAGUAGGGCCCUGCUUUACAGCGUUUUUGCCUUACGGCAUUCUGCUAAUAUGGCAAUUUGAAAUUAUGAGCAAAACUUGCUAUACAGCUCCCCCUCUUUCUAAUACGGCGUGCCCCACCUGGUUUGUUUCCAUUCUCUGUGAGCACAUCUCUCUAUUUUGUCUGGAAACUUUCCAAAAUUUUAAGUGUUUUAAAAUUAUUGCAUAUUUUAUAUUUACAGUAGGGCCCCACUUAUACAGCGGGUUAGGUUUCAGGCUGUCGCCAGAAAGCAGACAUCGCCGGAAAGCAGAAUGCAUUUUUUCCAUUUAUAAAUGCAUAUAAAUGCCAGACAACAAGUUUACACUAAAUUAUAUUAAGUUAGUAAUAGAACUAGGCAUUAAAAACACAAAAAGUAAAAUACAUACACAGUACACUCAUUACUUAUCUUAAAGUAUUUGUUAUCUUAAUGUAGGGAGAGAGGUGAGUAGUAUGUACUUAUUUGUAGGAAGUCAGGUGUAGGUAGCCCUGGCUCCCCUUCUCAUACUUAAUAUAUGAUAUUUAAAACAGCCCAUAGAGUUAAAAUACACAUACAGUACACUCAUUAUUUACCUUAAAAUAUGUGUAGUCUUAAUGUAGGAAGAGAGGUGAGUAGUAUUUAUUUGUAGGCAGUCAGUG